AUUCCUCCAUUUAGCGUAGUUCUUGUAAACAAUCUGUAUCCAGGUGAUUUGUCAAUUUAUUGACAAAGUAAAUCCAAUUUAUUUACCUAUUCGGAUGCGCUCUUUGCAAAUAAGAUUACUUCUAUAGAUUCCCAGUAUGGCCAGGAAACUGUAGCAGCCAUCACAGCAUCAGGGAUGUAGAGUUUAUUCAUUACACCACAGAAUGUUAGAUCUAUCUCCAUGCAAACUUAUUACUGUUGAUAAAAAUGAGUUUGUUGGUUGAUUGCGCUCCUCCACACCACUCCACAAUGAAGGUUCUCACUUCCCAGGGUUCCCAGAAGGACCCUAUUAAGCCAUCAGCACCACCCAAAGCAAAACAGCCAGAAAAAUCAAUGACCGAAGUGAAACCUUUGAGCAGUGAAUCUUGCAAAACACCACCUACUGGUGAUAAGCAAAAUAAUGAAACAAUCCAAAAACUUAAAAUGCAAAUGCCAUUUAGUGAUUCUGAAGUUACGCGGGAUUCUAUGACAGAAACAAAGCAGGCUGACAGACUACCUCCAAUUCACAAGAGUCUCACCAAAAGUACUCAGAGUCCUGUCAGUGGGACCAAGAACAAAACUGUGACUUCAAAAACAUUAAGUUCAAAGUCACCAUCAGCAGAUGCCAUCAAUUCAAAGCCUGGAGAUCCUGGAUCACCAAAGACAUUACACACAAGUGGAAGUCCUAUUAAAACUAAAUCAAAUACUUCCGUGAAUAAAUCAGUGCGGAUUUCUUUGAAUAAAAUACAGGGUGUCCCAGGUGCUUCUCCGGUGAAAAACAGAACUUACAAAUAUGUGGACCAAAGCCCUUAUAUUCGAGACAACUCAUACGCUGUCAGUGGGGGAGAGAGUCUUUGGAAAAGACAACAAACUGUUAUAUCCCACAUUGUCAACAAAAUUAACAGCAGCCAAAAAUUAAAUCGAACUAUAAAUGGGAGUAGUCCAAUUAGGGAGCAGAAUGAAAAUGAGGCACCAAAGUCUGUUCUAAGACGCAGCAGAACGAUGCCAACUCGUAUUGUUCAACUAAAUGAUAAUACGAUAGGAGUAAAUGACAAAAUGAAAUCCAAGUCUUUAUUAGAACUUGAAAGAAAAGCCAAGAUAGAGGCCGAGAAGGCAAUCAGAAAUAAAAAGGUAUUCGCAGUGAUGGGGCCUUACCCAGCUAUCAGAUCCAGUCUUUUUCAACGAGGAUGGGUAGAAAAGUUUCAUAGGAUCCCAAGCAAAGAAAAAAACUCUGCCAUGUAUGAACCUGAGGAUUCCGAUGAGGAUGACACUCAUAUAAAUGAUGGCGUGCAUUUAGAGCAGACUCAGCAGAGGAAAAUCCGACCAUGUAUGAAGCUGAAUGAUGAAGAGGAAAACAUGAUGAUGAUGAUGUCCCAUGUUGUGAGAAAUUCAACUCCAACGUUGAUAUUUUCUGUGAAAGCAAAUGCAGUGGAUAAGAACUCAUUAAAAAGUACACAGAUGUUCAACCAUGUGCCAAAGGCUAACAUCUUCACAACAAAGGUGGGUCUUUGUGAAAGUCUACAGAAUGUCCCAUGGUACCACAAUGAAGAUCCUAAUCUAUUCUUCCCAAGAUGCUUCAGGCUGGAUGACCCAGAGGACAAAGAGGCAUUCAUAGAUAACUUCAGAUUGACAGCCUGUAUGAACAUUGUCAAAUUGGUCGUUCAGCUCAGUCAACAAAAUAAAGACUCUAGUGAUGAAGAAAAUAAUGACAAUAACCUAAACGAAGAAGAUAGUGCUAAUAAAUCCCAUAAUAAUAACAGUGAUAAUACAAGUAAACAAGCUGUGACAAACAGGAAUGACAAUCAGGAAAAGACAUCUGAAAUUGAAAAGACAUCAAAAUCAGAAAAUGAACAAGUUGCUAUUGACUCUAACCAGAAAGUGUCUUUAGAAAUUGAAUUACUAAAGGAUAAACGCAUACAUCUUAAGGGUAUUCAUGUCACCAAAAAGGGAGAUAGCUCACCUCGUAAAGCUCAGACGGUUGUGCCACCAAAAGCAGUGGAGUGGGCUAUGAAACAGUGCAAUAAGUAUUUGAAGGCAUGUUGCCAUGACGAUAUUGAUGAGCUGGUAGACCCGGAUAUGUUAACUGAUGGGGAUUGGGAUCAGUUGAUACAAUGGUCAUAUCAGCUAAUACAUGAUGGUGCUGGGGUGACAUUGCUAGAGUCACAAGUAGAUGUUUGUGAGGGUCUCAUCAAAUGCAUAGAGGAGGCUUGGGCCCAGUAUGAGAUGGAUGGACUCAAGAAUGUAUGGAUGGUCAAACCAGGGGCCAAGUCUAGGGGAAGAGGGAUAGAAUGUUUCAAUAAACUUGAAGACAUUGAGAAGUAUAUGCGUGAUUCGCUAACAGAGAGCAAAGAAACAAACUUUGUUGUGCAAAAGUACAUAGAGCGCCCUCUAUUGGUAUAUAACACUAAAUUUGAUAUCCGUCAAUGGUUCCUGGUGACUGACUGGAACCCAUUAACAGUGUGGCUUUAUCAAGACAGUUACUUACGCUUUUCAUCACAAGAGUACACACUGGACAAUCUAGAUAACAGGGCAAUCCAUUUGUGCAAUAAUUCUGUCCAAAAGUACUACACUGUUGGGGAGAGGUCAACAUCUCUGCCAGAUGACAACAUGUGGACUCACACAGAGUUUGUCAAUUAUCUCGCUGAUCAAGGACAUGCAGAGAAUGUAUGGCAGAACAUUGUCUACUCAGGGAUGAAGAAUGCUAUCAUAUGCUCAAUGACAGCAUCCCAAGAUGCAAUAGAAUACAGGAAGGGUGCCUUUGCACUAUAUGGAGCAGACUUCAUGCUAACAGAAGACUUGCGUCCUUGGUUAAUUGAGAUCAACUCUAGCCCCAGUAUGGAGUACAGUGCAAGGGCAACUGCAAAACUGUGCCCUCGUGUCUUGGAGGACACUUUGAAAGUUGUGAUUGACAGGAAGGAAAAUCCUAGCUGUGAUGUUGGAAGGUUUGAACUGAUACACAAACAGAACCAAGUUCCAUAUCCAAAUCCAUCCUGGGUUGACUCAGGGUUAAUUGUGUCAGGGAAAAAAGUUCGCAAACCUAGGAAGUCAACAAUGAAAUGAACUAUGUCUGUGCAGUGUGUGUCAUUGGUGAAUGGAUUACACCAUGUCAAAGAGGGGAAAAUAUGAGACAUCUGAUUAGUCCAUAGGGUCCAGUGUUAAAAAUAGAACCUUGAAUAAUUAAACAGUAGGAAUAAGUCACACAGCUGAUUUAAGGGAUAUAAAUAGUCUUGCUCAAAGACUGUAUCCACCCCCCCAUCACCUUCACACUCUUUAUAUACAGAGAAGAGUAGGAAAAAGGGGGGGGGGGAGU